AUGUUAUCCGACCCAAAUCCAUACGAAAUAACCUUCGUGACCCCCUCUCGAAAGGAUAAUGGCAUUCUAAAGCUUCAUCUCGGAGAAGUCCACACCAGUCUUCCCAUCCGCCUCACCGUUCCCCGACACUCAUCCGCAACAUUACCAGUCAACAAACACUCGAGAGUAUCCGUGACAAGAUUCGCGGCCAAAGUUCACUACGGCGCAAAUUUCGACUCGGAAGGGUUUAGAGAGAUUACGCGGAGCCAUAUGAAUAAAUGGGUUAGGUUCAAGGAGGAUUUGUCAAGUACCCUAGGCCACGAUGGGAGGAAGAAACAAUUAUACAAUGGGAGUAUGUUGAUGAGGUCUUCAACUUUGAAAACGGGGAUCGUGGAGGUCAAGAAUGUGGUUUUUUAUGUUCCGGGUGUGUAUAAAAUUGCUUUUGAGUUGCAGUUUGAGUCCGGUGAAUUGGCUGGAAGGACGCCGUGGCAGACUGUGGAGGUGCAAAGAGUGAGGAAGACUGCGAGUUGACGAAUUGAGCUGUUCUAAGACUGAACUAGUGCACACUUGUAUCCAACUAUGCAUAUAACGGAUUCUUCUU